CUUAUCCUCAAAAACAAAAUAGAAAUUAAGUGAGGUUAGAAUUUGAAGUGUUGAAAGGUUGAAGAUGGAGAGGAAGCAUCUUUCUUCCAUUGCCAACCAUGUUCUUCGAACAACUGCACAGGAGCUAGGUACUUCAGUGGAACAUUUGGUGGAAGAAUUUGAAGCUGGAUGGAACCCUGAAGUUGGUGAUUAUUCGAGAAAAUUGAUGGAAUUUUGCAGCUCAAAAGCCCUUAUCAGUUUAUGUCAAAACAUAGAAGAAAGGUUAAACAAUGGAUCAUAUAGCCGGUUCACAUAUGACAUGAUGCUUGCUUGGGAGAACCCCAGUGAUGCUCUCCUUGAAAAGCCUCAAGCAGAGAACGAAGGUUCGAAAAUAUCCGUAAAUUUGCCACCUGAUCUGGAUGAUAUCCCUCUUUUCUAUUCAGACAUGAUGCCACUCCUCGUUAAUGAUGGACCAAGUGUUGGGGAAGAUGCUUUUGUAUGGUUGGGAUCAUUAGUUCCAUUAGUUGCAGAUAUCGUUAACGGAAGAUUCACAUUCGAAACCCUGACCGCGCCGACCGGAAACCGGCUCUUUUUCCCUGCAUAUGAUAAGUUCCUAAAGGAGAUUGACAAUUGCAUGAAGCAUUUGCAGAAACAAGCACCACCAAAAGGUGUACAGUUAGCUGAUGAUGAAUAUAUAUUGCAUGUCGAAGGAACGGCUACCACGCAAAGAGUAGUGCGCCAUAUUGAAGGAACAAGUUGGCCCGGUAGGCUUACGUUGACCAAUCAUGCUCUCUUCUUUGAGGCCUCUGGAGUCUUGACAUAUGAUGAUGCACUUAAGAUCGAUCUUUCGAGGGACAUAGAACAUGGUGUUAAACCAGCUGCCACAGGUCCAUGGGGUGCUCCACUUUUCGACAAAGCCAUAAUCUAUGAGUCACCCGAGUUCCAAGAAGGAGUUCUGCUGGAGUUUCCAGAGAUGACAAGCUCCACAAGACGUGACCAUUGGCUAGCACUCACAAAGGAGGUACUGUUAAUGCACAAAUUUUUAUCUAAAUUUAAGGCGGAAAGUCCGAUACAAGCAUGGGAGAUGCACGCGAGGACCAUUUUGAGCAUCAUAAGGCUUCAUGCAGCAAGAGAAAUGCUAAGAAUCUGUCCACCAGAUCCCACAAAAUUCUUGAUUUUUGCCUUAUACGACGAGUUACCUAAGGGGGACUAUGUACUCGAACAGCUUGCCGAGAGUCUAAAUAAGGUAAAUAUCGCACAACCAUGUAGUGCACACUCCAUACUGAGAAAAAUGAACUUCUCGGAGCCAACUAUAUCGGAAAUAGAAGAAAAAGGAGUGAACGAGAAGAGGGAAACUAUUGCAGGCAGUGAAAACGAUGAUAAGACUUCACUAGAGACUGCGAUUAAUCAAACAAGAAAGGAAGAAAGGGAAGUUGUUAAUGCUAAAGAAGCAAUUGAAGGGCUGAAAGAUGAAGGGAUCAGUGAAAAUGCUCUCAUUCUUAUGGAGCUACUAAAGCCACUCAAGAGUGGAUUCGUGUGGUUUUGGAAAACACUUUCAUGGGAACGACCGGGAACAACCUUUAUCGUAAUUGCCAUAGUUACAGUAAUUGUGUACAAGGAGUGGGUUGGCAAGGCGAUAUCUGCAGGCUUGCUUGUAUUGGUGGCAAAAAUGAUCCAAGCUAGACAAGAAAAGCUCAAAGACAAACAAAAGGAGAUAACCGUGUGCACUGCAUUUGAGACGACUGCCUCGACGAGGGAGAACAUAGUUUCAGCUCAAUAUAUGUAUAUGACGAUUUGCCAGAUAAUACACCAAGCAAAUGUUACAAUUCUGAAAUUGCAUUCAGUCCUGGUUUCAAGGGCACCCAAGCAUGCAAAUGUGAUGAUGGUUGGCAUCACUGGUUUGGCGAUAUUGUUUGCAGUAACUCCAUUGAAGUAUUUGAUAAUAAGUGCUGUAUUUCAUUGGAUGAUAAUGAGGUCAAAGCUAGGGAAGUACAUGAAAAAUAACCAAAAUGAAAGGCGAGUGAAAGAAUGGUGGGAUUCUAUCCCACCUACUCCUGUUCGAAUUGUCGAUCAAUGCCUAUGAUCUGCAAAUCUGUUGUAAAAAUGAUCUAGAAAUCUGUUGUACUUAUAUAUAUAUAGAAUUUAUAUUUCACCAUUUAGUAACUA